UCAACCAAUUAUAUUUGUUUUCAAGUUCUCUUUUCAACAAGAAGACGUUCCAUACCCCAAGAAAACUUGCCUUCAAUCUCGAUGCUUUUCUUCAUCCUCUUUCUUCUCUUCCUCCCUCUAAUAUUCAUCAUCAAACGUUAUUCCAAUGCAUCAACCACCAAAAACUCACCCCCUUCACCUCCAAGGUUACCCCUACUGGGUAACCUCCACCAACUUGGUUUGUUCCCACACCGCACACUCCACGCUUUGGCUCAAACCUAUGGCCCUCUCAUGUUGCUUCACUUCGGGAACGUGCCAGUGCUUGUGGUCUCAUCUUCUGAGGCAGCACGUGAGGUGAUGAAAACCCACGACAUUGUCUUCUCAGACAGGCCACAACGUAAGAUGAAUGACAUCCUCUUAUACGGUUCCAAAGACCUUGCAAGUUCCACAUACGGAGAGUACUGGAGGCAAAUAAGGAGCCUCAGUGUGUUGCACCUUCUUAGCACCAAAAGGGUUCAAUCCUUUCGUGGUGUGAGGGAGGAGGAAACUGCUAGAAUGAUGGAGAACGUUAGAAAGUGUUGUUCUGACUCGUUGCAUGUGAACUUGACUGACACUUGUGCUGCAUUUACCAAUGACGUGGCCUGUAGGGUGGCUCUUGGAAGGAGGUACCGUGGAGGAGAAGGGAGGGAGUUUCAGAAGCUGUUGUUGGAGUUUGGGGAGUUGCUUGGUGCUGUGUCUGUAGGGGAUUAUUUGCCUUGGCUUGAUUGGGUGGACAAGGUUAGUGGUUUGUUUGGGAGAGGACAUAGAGUGGCUAAACAUUUGGAUCAGUUUAUAAGUGAAGUGAUUGAAGAGCAUGUUAUGAAUGGUAGAGAUGUUGAUGUUGAUACUGAGGAGCAAAAUGAUUUUGUGGAUGUUUUGCUUUCAGUGGAGAAUAGUAACAGUACUGGCUACCCUGUUGAUAGGACUGCAAUUAAGGCCUUGAUACUUGACAUGUUUGUUGCAGGUACAGACACCACACACACAGCCCUGGAGUGGACAAUGUCGGAACUGCUAAAGCACCCAACUGUGAUGCAUAAAUUGCAAGAUGAGGUGAGAAGUUUGGUUGGUGACAGCACUCACAUAACUGAGGAUGAUUUGGGUCAAAUGAACUACUUGAAGGCUGUGAUCAAAGAAAGUUUUCGCCUACACCCUCCUGUUCCCUUACUUGUUCCUCGUAAAUGCAUGGAAGAUAUCAAAGUGAAGGGGUAUGACAUUGCAGCUGGCACUCAGGUAUUGGUGAAUGCUUUUGCAAUUGCAAGAGACCCUUCAUCUUGGGACCAACCUUUAGAGUUUAAGCCAGAAAGGUUUUUAAGAAGUUCAAUAGACUUAAAAGGACAUGAUUUUGAGCUUAUACCAUUUGGUGCUGGAAGAAGGGGUUGCCCUGGAAUAGUGUUUGCCAUGACUACAAUUGAGAUGGCAAUUGCAAACCUUGUCCAUCAAUUUGAUUGGUCAUUGCCUGGUGGGGAGGACUUGGACAUGUCUGAAACUAAUGGCCUUGCUGUUCAUAGGAAGUCUCCUCUCAUUGCAGUAGCAACUGCAUAUACAUAUCAGAGAAAUUGAUAUGUAAUGAUGACCAGAAAAUGAUGUUGUAAUAAAAGGAAUAAAGUUGUCACAUAUUGUGACACAUGACUCUUCUUAUCUUGUGGAUGCAAUUGUGGAUUAUUGUAAUUGUGAUACAGAUAUAAACUACUAAUAUUGGUUGGCACUAGAGUUUGGCAGUAUGUUAAUAUGUAUUUGUUAUUAUUUGUAGUUGUUAUUGAACAAUAUA